CAGAGCAACCUCGCCGCCUCCUCAGUCCGCCUUGCGUCGCUGGCCAGGCCCAGGUGUGCAGAGAGUGCAGCGUGUCGCGUACCGUGCGUCGCCGUCCUGUCAUCCUUUGUGUGUCAACCCCGGCCGCGGGUGCGCCCGUGCGAGGAGGCGAGGGAGUGCCCAGGACCAUGGGGCAGUGACGGGGAGGCCCAGCAGCGCGCAGAAGAGCGCCCCCGAGCGCCGAGCAGGUGUUCUAGUGCCGCGGGGACGACCGAGCGGACUGACAGCCAUCUUGGCAACCUAACCUAACCUCGCUCCGCGCGGCGGCCGCCGUGUUGUUGUUGUGGUGGUAGUGGAAGUGACAGGUCGUCAAGAUGGGCUCCAAGGUGGAGUACGUCGAGUCCUCCCAGAUGUACGCCACCAACUACGUGCGCAACUCGAGGGCCAUCGGCGUGCUGUGGGGCAUCUUCACCAUCUGCUACGCCAUCAUCGGGGUGGUCGCCUUCGUCACCCCGGAGUGGAUAGGAGACACCCAGGACUCGGAGUACCCGGCCAGGUUCGGCCUGUGGAGCAGCUGCUACUUCCGGUCGGCCGACGCCGGCGUCCCCGGGGCGGUCGGGUCGGCGGGGUCGGCGGGCAACUCGGCGGCGGCCAGCGGGCUGACCACGGGCGCCGAGGACUGCCGCGGCCGGCUGCACGAGCUGGGCUCCAUCCCCUCGCCCGCCUGGCGCGCCGCCACCAUCUUCGUGGGCCUGUCGGUGCUGCUGGCCGCGCUCGCCAUCGUGUCCAUGCUGCUCUUCUUCUUCCUGCGCUCCACCACCGUGUUCCACGUGUGCGGCUGGAUGCAGGUGCUCUCGGCCGUGUGCAUGAUCGUCGGCGUGGUCACGUACCCGGCGGGCUGGGACGCCCCUGAGGUGCGGCAGACGUGCGGGCCGCGCGCCAACCGCUACGAGCUGGGCGAGUGCGGCCUGCGCUGGGCCUACCUGCUGGCGGCCAUCGGCUGCCUCGACGCCGCCAUCCUGGCCGCGCUCGCCUUCAUCCUGGCCACCAGGCACGUCCGCCUGCAGCCCGAGCCCGGCUACAGCGGCUCCCUCUACAAGGGCGAGGUGAACAACGGCUUCCUGGGUGACGCUCAGUCCGUGUCCGGGUCGCGCAAGUCCCUCAACCUGCACCCCGUGCUGCUCAUGCCCCAGCCCCAGCACAUGGGCAUGGGCCCCGGACACCUGAUGCACCCCGGCGCCGACACGGACCGCUUCUCCGAGUUCUCCAACCGGACGGGCCGCUCCAAGUCCUCGGCCUACCGCGCCGAGUACGCCUCCAGCAUCCAGAACUUCCAGCUGUGAGCGGCUCUCUGACCGCGCCAAGCGCUGCUGACUGAAAUCUCGAAACAUUCAAAGUGCUGUUUGCGGGAAACGAACCGUUUGCGUGGCAUGUAGUUUCAUUACCGUCAAACCGUAAAGGAUAAGUGGUUCAAAUUUAUUUUUCUGAGCAAAUUGAAUGAAUUGCCAAACUUUUCCUUACUAAGACUGAUAAUUAUUCUAUCAGUCGAGAAUAUUUAUAGGAGCACAAAACAGUAUAUGGUCUUAAAA